AUGGCACCGAAACUGUUGUUCAGGCGGAGACAGAAAACUCCACUAAAGCAGCAGCAACAGCAACAGCAGCAGCAGCAGCAGCAGCAGCAGCACCAACAGCAGCAGCAGCAGCAGCAGCAGCAGCAGCAGGGAAUUGGAUGUGUUGUGCUCAGGCAGCAGCACACUGCGAAACUUAAUUACUAUCUGGAGAGACGCAAGCAGCAGGCUGCUGCUGCUGCUGCUGCUGCUGCUGCUGCAGCAGCAGCAGCAGCAAAGACAGAAGGUGCUGAUGCAUUUGAAGCUGCGUCGCAAGAAGAACCUUUCCUCGAGGAACCCCUCGAAUUCAAACCUCUGGAGCAGCAGCAGGCGCUGCUGCUGUGCUGCUGCCUCUUCAAACUGGCCCGAGAAGCAGCAGGAAAGAGCAGCGACGCAGCAACUCGCUGCAACCAGGCUUUGACUGCGCUGCUGUGCCUCCUCGUGAGGGUUUAG